AUGCUCACUCCCAAAUCUCUGGAUCAGGACCUCUACGACGAGCUGUCGUCUCUCUGUAGAGGCCCUGUCGUGCUCAACGACGACCCAGAGUAUGGCCUCUCUGUUGACCGUAUCCCUGUCCCCAACGCUCAUUCGAUCCUCACGUUUUGUUCUGAACAUGGUCUGUCUCCAUCCGUCAAAGCUGGUGGUUACGGCACCGCGGGGUGGGCCAUUGGGGGUGAUGUUAUCAUCGACCUCAGCAAGAUCGUGGAGGUCGACAUCGAGCGUCCCCACCCCGACGGUGGCUUCACCAGCCUGCGCGACGUCGCUUCUGCCAAUAGCAAAGGAAAAGCAGUGGUGGAGCCGCGCAUCAGCAGCGGUAAGCGUCGCCGUGAAGAGGAUGCUGAGUUGCGAAAUUACGACGCUGCCUCUCGCAAUGUCGCCUCGCUCCUUUCAGGCCCUCUUCUGGAUGAGUUGGAGGCCAUGAACGCUACUGCUACCCUCUCUAUCGAUGAACCUCCCCCGAAUGUCCGCCGCCGCCUCGAUUUGGAUGACUCCAUGCCCGCUUUGGCGGGUCGUCAGAUCUCCCAGGAGUCGAGCGGGACUUCGUCGUCGGGCGGUCAGGAGGGGACCUCCGAUUCCAAUAUCGACUCUGGAGCUUCCACCGUGGGUACCUCUCCCGAGCCAGAGUCUGAGCCAGCGGGGAUGCGUGUGGACACGAUCACUGGCAGAAUGAAGUCUCGGUUUGUCUCCGUGCCCGACGAGGACCCGUUCGGAUACCUCGACGAGCCUAGUGACGCUCCUCCCCCAGUUCCCGUCACGCUUUCGGCUGUUCAGGCCUCAUACAACCCUCAUGCAAGGAUGCACGCCUACGGCUCUGGCUCUCGCACAUCCUUCACUGGCAAUAAUGUCGCGCAGCAAAACCUUCCCGUAGAAGUCGAACCCGUCUACCCUCAUGCUUUCGUCACCUUCGGCGCUGGUAUGAGGCAGAAGGAGAUCGACACCUAUACCGCAAACCACAAGUUGGAGGCGAGGUACAUCACCGGACAUGGUGACGGUAUUCCAUACCACAUCCCUUUCGCGGCUCAUCCUACUGGCUCUUCGAUUAUGCUUCUCGGAGGCUUCGGAUUCUUGAGCAGGUUGCAUGGCCUUAGUAUUGACAAUCUCGUCGAAGUCGAGAUGGUUUUGGCCGAUGGCCGUGUCGUCGUCGUCAGCGAGAGCGAGCAUCCAGACCUUUGGUGGGCUCUCAGGGGUGCCGGAACCACCCUUGGUAUUGUCACUCGAUACAAAGCCAAAGCGUAUCCAGUUCCUGUAGUGUUCGCCGGCAAUCUGAUCUUCCGAUUCAACAAGGCUACCGCUGCGUCCCUCAUCAAGCAUUUUAGGGAUUGUGUCAAAGGCGCUCCACGCGAAUUGUACGCCAACCUCUUGUUGACGGCUGGACCCCAAGGCAAGGAUUCCCUAGUCGUUAUCCAGCUUUGCUACGUUGGCUCGCGCGAGAAGGGCCAAGAGUUCUUGACGGCCAUCAGCUCCUGGACCGGUGAACGGUGCCUGCUGAAUGAAGUUCACGAGAAAAGCUUCUUACACCAACAAGACAGCGUCGCCCAAGUUCUUCGAGGCAAAGCUGGUAGGCAAUGGUUCAUACGCUCAGUUCUCAUUUCAUCCUUGCCCGACGACAUUAUCCAUACGACGGUUGAACAAUUCAACAACACUCCGCUUGGUUGCACGUGGCUUUUCGAAUUGGCGGGAGGCGCCGUUGGGGAGUUUACGGAUUCCGUGGUCCCGAAGGCUCAAAGGGAAGCGUUGUUCAACAUCGUGGCACUCCACCAGUGGGAGAUGGAUGCCAAUGAUGAUCGGUGCAUCGAUUCUGCUGAGGAGUGGAUUGCAGGGACCUUGAAGCCCGUACACAUCGGCGGCGCAUUCCCUAGCUUCUUUGGAAGGCAUGAGAUUCCAGAGCGCAUCAAAGCUUCUUUCGGGGUGAACUGGGACCGCUUGGUGGAGGUUAAGAAGAAAUACGACCCCAAGAACAUUUUCAGCAAUAGCUUCUGGCCUUUGAAUGAACAUGGUGAAAUGGUCGACCCCCGCACCCAUGAGCCACCCACCCCAGGAUAUCUUGACUCUUGGCAGAGGGCAAAGAUCUAUGGGUAG